GGGGCGGGACCGGGCGGGGCGGGCGGGGCGGGACCGGGAGGCGGUGGCAGCGCCGGACACGACGGGCUGAACCUCCCCCACCGCCCCCCGGUGCCUGGGCCGGGGAUGGGGAACGUGGAGAGCGCGGACGGGGAGGCGCUGCCCCGGGGCCCGGGAACACCGGCGGCCCCGGGGGGAGCCGGACUGUUCGCCCCGGGCAAGAUGCCGAUGCCGGAGCCCUGCGAGCUGGAGGAGCGCUUCGCCCUGGUGCUGAGCUCCAUGAACCUGCCCCCGGACAAAGCUCGGCUGCUGCGCCAGUACGACAACGAGAAGAAGUGGGACCUCAUCUGUGACCAGGAGCGGUUCCAGGUGAAGAGCCCACCCCAUGCCUACAUCCAGAAGCUGCGCAGCUUCCUGGAGCCGGGUGUCACACGGAAGAAGUUCAGGAGGAGGGUGCAGGAGUCCACCAAGGUGCUGCGAGAGCUGGAGAUCAGCCUGAGGACAAACCACAUCGGGUGGGUGCGGGAGUUCCUCAAUGAUGAGAACAAGGGGCUGGACGUGCUGGUGAACUACCUGUCCUUCGCCCAGUGCGCCGUCAUGUUGGAUUUUGAGGGCCUGGAAGGCGGCGAGGAUGGCGCACUGGAGAAGCUGCGCUCCUGGAGCAGGUCCAUCGAGGAUCUGCAGCACCCCAGCGCCCUGCCCGCCCCCUUCACCAGCAGCCUGGCCCGCUCUGCCCGCCAGACCGCCCUACGCUAUGGCACGCUGCCCAGCCGCAGGGCACUGAAAAACUCACGCCUGGUGAGCCAGAAGGAUGACGUCCACCUCUGCAUCAUGUGUCUUCGGGCCAUCAUGAACUACCAGUACGGCUUCAACCUGGUCAUGUCUCACCCCCACGCUGUCAAUGAGAUCGCCCUGAGCCUCAACAACAAGAACCCGAGGAUGAAGGCGCUGGUGCUGGAGCUGCUGGCGGCUGUCUGCCUGGUGAGGGGCGGCCACGAGAUCAUCCUUGCGGCCUUCGACAACUUCAAGGAGGUACAAGGGGAGUGGGAACAGGGGAGCUCCCUGGUGCUCGGCUGCUCCCGAGGCUGGGUGGUCUCCAGAAUUGGGGUCUCACCCCCCUCUGAUGGCUCCACAGGGAAGUGUCCCCCGGCCCCGCCGCUGCCCGGGGCUUCACCCUCCAUCGCCCUCACCGUGGGGCUCUCAGCCAUCCGGAUCAAGAAGCCCAUCAAGACCAAGUUCCGGUUGCCUGUGUUCAACUGGACAGCGCUGAAGCCCAGCCAGAUCAGCGGGACGGUGUUCAGCGAGCUGGACGAUGAGAGGGUGCUGGAGGACCUGGACCUGGAGCGCUUCGAGGAGCUGUUCAAGACCAAGGCGCAGGGCCCGGCGCUGGACCUGGUGUGUGCCAAGAGCAAGGCGGCGCAGAAAGUGGCCACCAAGGUGACCCUGCUGGAGGCCAACCGUGCCAAGAACUUGGCCAUCACCCUGCGCAAGGCCGGGCGCAGCGCCGACGAGAUCUGCCGGGCCAUCCACACGUAUGGGCUGAGCCGGGGGGGCCAGAAAUGGGGCACGGAGGGUCAGGAAUGGGGUGCAAGGGGGCUG